UUGAUCUUAAAAAGGCCUUUUCGCGGGAAUCACUAAAAUUUCGUUCAAAGUGUUGCUUGCGUUGUCCAAAAUUACAAGCUUUCUGUUAAUUUAAUUUAAAAUAGUUAAAUUUCUCAACAAGAUGACCUGCAAUAAACACUUCUUCAUACUCAAAGAUCUCGCCGAAAGCGAGUCCGACGACCAGCUGCAGAUUAUCACGCUGCGCAACCCGGCCACCGGCAAGCCCACAAAGUACCUGCUCCGCAACGAUGAUCAGGAUCUGUACGAACUCAACUGUUUCUCCGAAUCGAACCGGUCUUGGUUCAUCAACGAGUCCGUGUGUUCGAAUGGAAAAAUAUUCCUCCCGACGCGGAUUGAUCCGCUGUUUCUGGCGAUCCCCUAUCUGGAGAAGAACUGCGACGGCAAAGCGGUUCCGCUCGAUCAUAUUCUCGUCGACGAUGAGUUUCCCCACACGAGCCGGCUGGUAAAACCCUGCUCCCGAUCCGGACAGCUGGCCUUGAUUUCGGACGAGAAACGAGCCGGCGAUAUUUGCGCCUACAAGUACAACGAAGACAAACUAAUGGAUUGGCUUCGGCGGAAGUGCAUCCGGCUUGAGCAAGCACUGGGAAAGGAGCGGAAAUUUUCCCGGUCUCAUAAUUUCAUCAAAGAGGAAAAGGAAAACGAGCGGGAGGUUGGUGAGAUGCUACAGUAUGCUCAUGGUAUUGUGUCGGAUUAUCUGAGCCUGGAACACAGCAAGAAGCUGAGCACUGCCGUGGGGAUUCCAGAGGAAAAGGUUCAGAACAAACGGAAAUCUACCGCCGAGUUAGAAGUAAGCCAAAUUAAAAAGAUCAAGAAGGAGGAAAUCCACGAGACGACACCGAUUAAGCCCGUGGAGAAGAAGGUAAGUGCCAAAUCGAAGGCUUUGGCUAAGGCGGCUUCGGGGACGAAAAGUAUUGCCAGUUUCUUCAAGAAAUAAUUGGGGACUGUUGAUUUUUAUGUUUGCGUAAUUGUGGUUCAAUCGUUUAUUCGCUAAUUAACCUAGAGAAUAAAUUAAGAAUAGAUUAAGCUACCGGAAAUGUUCAAUAUUGAA